GCCUACGAGGGAGUGGACGAGGGGAAAGCUGACGGCUACUGUAACUCACUGCAUGAGAGGAGCGUCGCUGAAAUCGUCUGAAUACAAUACACAAGUAACCUGCGCUUUUCUAUCCGUAUAAAUCUUGGACCUUCUGUCUGGUGCUUCUGUUUGAGUUUUUUGUGCAUUUCUCUGUGAAAUAAGAGUAGGCUAUUUCGAGAGCUGCCUUGCAAAUCAUUUCUCUUCCGUCUUUCUGGGACUUUGUAGUUCAUGUCUGAGGAUUCAACCCCAGAACGCAAUAAUGUAAUUGAAUCAAAUACUUUUCCCCCCUGGACAAAUAGGCCGAGCUACACAGUGUUGAUUGAAGCAACCGAUUGAGACAGUCAUACGCUCGUGUUCCAAGUGAGGAUCAGCUCAAAGCAUAUCCAAAACGCAUUACUGUUCCAAUGGAUUCCUGAAAAGGGGCGUAUCAUAUGCAAGAACCAGACAUUGCGGGCAGAUCGUUCUACUACAUUCUGUACUGUAAAGUUGACUGGCUGCUGGAACUAGAAAUGUAUGUUAGAAUAGCACCAUUUCUUUCACCCGAUUAAAUAUUUGAAUGCGCAUGUUUUUAAAAGAAAACAGUGUUUCCACAUGCUCUUAUUGGAAUAGGCUAUGUCAUUUGGAAAUACGAUUUGAUUACUUUGUAUUAUUUUCUACCACGGCUGGAACAAGCGUUGCUAUGCAGAUCAUGCACUGUUGGCCAAUGUUAGCGAUAUAUUUGAUCGUCUGACACCAUAUCUAAUUUUAGGGGAUAUCUUUUAGACUGUCUCAACCAACUAUUGGAAAUGUAUUUUGCGUAAACAGCUUUUUGGAUAUUACAAAACCAUGAUGGCAAACGAGAAUCCUUAUAACAGUCGCUUUAUUGUCGAAAAAUACAUCCAUCACAAACUGUUGAAAAUGGGAUUUGUAUGGACAUUUCAAGGAGAAAACGAUUCUCCAAAUAAUGGCUUUGGGGACCCCUCUACACCCAACUCCCCCUUAGUUUUUGCACGGCGGUCCCAGCCCACUGCCGCGGGAGAGGACACCGACUCUCCUUACCAAAACAGGAGUCCGCAACCUGACCCACAUGCCAGGCUCCACAGGGUCCUGCGCGAGGCGGGUGGCGAGAUUGAAAGAAUGUAUCAGCGGGACUUUACAGAGAUGUCGGGGCAGUUGCAUUUUACACCCAGCACGGCACAGAGAAGGUUUACCGCUGUAAUAGAUGAGCUCUUCAGCGACGGGGUAAACUGGGGUCGGAUUGUGGCUUUCUUUGAGUUUGGAGGGACAAUGUGCGUGGAGAGCGUCAACCGGGAGAUGACGUCCCAAGUAGACAACAUCGCUCGUUGGAUGACGGAGUACUUGAACGGACCCCUACAGAACUGGAUCCAGGAGAAUGGUGGCUGGGACAAUGACUCAACACACCUCCAGGCUGUGUAAGGGCUAUUUUACCAAGAAGGAGAGUGAUGAAGUGUUGUAUCAGAUGACCUGGACUCCACAAUCCCCCGACUUCAAACAAACUGAGAUGGUUUGGGAUGAGUCGGACCCCAGAUUGAAGGAAAAGCAGCCAACAAGUGCUCAGCAUAUGUGGAAACUCCAUCAAGACUGUUGGGAAAGCAUUCCAGGUGAAGCUGGUUGAGAGAAUGCCAAGAGUGUGCAAAGCUGUCAUCAUGGUAAAGGGUGGCUAUUUGAAGAAUCUCAGGAUUCCAUAUGUGUUAUUUCAUAGUUUUGAUGUCUUCACUAUUAUUCUACAAUACAGAAAAUAGUCAAAAUAAAGAAAAACCCUAGAAUGAGUAGUAGUGUCCAAACUUUUGACCAGUAGUGUAGAUAAAUUUUUUGUUUCGUAACUAACCGAAAAAUAAGAAACAUUUUGGUUAAUCGCUCCUCUACCAGUUUAAAAGGCUGAUAGAGGAGCCUCUAUGAAAGGCCUCAACGUGAUAUGGAGCCAGCCAUACAAACAGAAAAGUUGGCUGAAACCAGGCUUGGACUAAACAGAAAAUAUAUAUAAAGAUAUCUUGAAAUUCAUCGAAACUUGAGAGUGUCAAGUGAAAUUAAAUGUUGUGCUUUCUCUUUGCCCAUUUUGUCGCUUUGUCAUUUCGAUGCUAAGUGUUUGUUGGCACUUUUCUUGAAAAGAUACUUAAAAGUGUGCAGCAGGUCUUCAGUUAAGGCAGUCUUGCUGAAGAAAAUAUUUAUUGUUGCUUCUGACAACAUUUCGGAAGAACCUUGAACAUCCUCUGACAUUGACCUAUGAAUCCGAAGGAUUUACAUGAUAUCAGUGCUUCAACGAUCCAACCACUACAAUCAAUCUGUAGAUGCCUCAUCGAGCAACACUAUGA